AAAAAAAAAAAAAAAAAAUGUACACACUCACCACAUCAUCCAUAACCUUCAACCCUUCUACCUCAAAAUACAAUGUCUACUUUGCUGGAAAAACAAUUGAAACUACUGUCACCGACAAAGCCGCCACUGCUGACGAAUGGGUACAUGAAAUCUUAUCCAAAUAUUCCUCAAAACCAAUGGUUGUUGGCUUAGACAUUGAAUGGAGGCCUCACCCAAUUCGAUCCAUGAGCAACAAAUCAGCCACUCUUCAACUCUGCGUUGAUUCCAAGUGCCUAAUCAUUCAACUCUUCUACGUAGAUGAAAUCCCUCAAUCUCUCAAGACUUUUCUUUCUGACACUAACUUCACUUUUGUGGGGAUUGAGGUUUCUGACGACGCAGCGAAGCUAAAAAAUGAGUAUGGGUUGGAGUGUGGCAAGUGUGAAGAUAUUCGAGAGGCGGCGAAGAGGCGGUGGCCAGGGAGGUUUCGGAGGCCAGGGUUAAAGGAUUUGGCUUUGGAGGUGGUGGGUUUGAAUAUGAAGAAGCCGAAGCAUGUUUCAAUGAGUAAUUGGGAGGCAAGAGUGCUUAAUGAAAGUCAGGUUGAGUAUGCUUGCAUUGAUGCUUAUGCUUCUUAUAGGAUUGGGUAUGAAUUGAUGAUGGAUAAUUAGUUUGGUUUUGCUUGAAGUUCACAGUGAUUUGGUCUGUCAGUUGACUACAGUUUUUUUGUGUUUUUGGGGUGUCUUUGUACCAGUUUUAGUUGGAGUUGUUGUGGAAGAUGUUCUGAUCUGAAGAAUGUCUGAAUUUAAGCUGUUUUCUAUUUAAAUAAAGACACCAUCUUUGUCA